AGGACGGUUGUUCUUAACGUUCCAUGAAACACAAAAAAAAAAACCGCUACCUGUUCUUAGUUCAGCUCCCACCGCCGCCAUCGAAUCCAUCCGUUUUGGAUAUAUAUAUUCUUUUUGAUCUUCUUCAGCUUAACUAUUAUGGUUGCACCUCUUUCCUCUUCUCUCCAUCAGUUUCCCAUUCGCUCUCUAACCAGAAAUAUUGUACGGAACAUGAGUGCAGUACAAUCACCAAAAGAUCUAAAGUUCAUCUCUGUGGAAGGGGCUGACAUUUACUCAAGAAGUAAAUCCGAUGGUAUCAGAUUUCGUUUUGUUUCUUACAAUAUUUUAGCUCAGGUCUAUGUGAAGAGUUCUUUUUUUCCACAUUCUCCAUCCUCAUGCCUCAAGUGGAAGGCUCGAUCGCAAGCAAUUUUAGCAGUCCUUAAGAAUCUUGAGGCUGAUUUUCUCUGUCUACAGGAAGUUGAUGAAUAUGAUAGCUUUUACAAAGGAAAUUUGGAAAGAUGUGGAUAUUCCAGCUUGUAUAUCCAGAGAAGUGGGCAGAAACGUGAUGGAUGUGGGAUUUUUUUCAAGCAUGAAAAAGCUGAGUUGAUCGUAGAGGAUAGAAUUGAAUACAAUGAUCUUGUAGGCUCUGUACAAGAUGAUAGUGGUUCUUGUGAAGAUAAGUCAGUAGAUGUUGUAACCAGUGCUAGUAAUGAUGUUGAAUCAAACAAGGGUUCAUCACCAAAAACCACCGUAGCCGAUCGUGGGGAUCCUAACGAUCCCCGAGUAAGAUUAAAACGUGAUUGUGUUGGGAUUAUGGCUGCUUUCAAACUUGAGCAGCCUUUUCAUCAUGUUGUAAUUGUAGCCAACACCCAUCUUUACUGGGAUCCAGAAUGGGCUGAUGUGAAGCUCGCUCAGGCUAAGUAUCUUUUAUCACGCCUAGCUCGAUUCAAAUCUUUAGUUGCUGAAAAGUUUGAAUGCACACCCUCAAUACUUUUGGCUGGCGAUUUCAAUUCAACCCCAGGAGAUAAGGUAUACGAAUACCUUGUCUCAGGCAACUCUUCUUCUGGAUUUUCCCCUGAAUGUUUGGAUCAAGAGCUUCCUUUACCCCUUUCUAGUGUUUAUGCCAACAUUCUAGGAAGUGAACCUUCUUUUACAAACUUCACUCCUGGCUUCACUGGCACUCUUGAUUACAUAUUUUUCUCACCUUCCGACUUUAUAAGACCCAUUAGUUUUCUAGAGCUCCCAGAAUCAGAAUGGCCAGAGAUUAUUGGUGGGUUACCUAAUCAUAGCUACCCAAGUGAUCAUCUUCCUAUUGCUGCUGAAUUUGAAAUCACAAUGGAAUAAGUUCAGCAUUUCAAAUCUUAUCCCUAUUUUUUUCUUCUUCUUCUUUUCAUAUUGAUUGUUUCUUUUAUUCAAAUGGAACAGACAUUUGUUCUGUGUUCCAUUGAAGUUGAUCAUCAUUGUAAACCUAGAUCUGUUUUUUUCUUUGUUAUGGUUAAAUUAUAAGUUAAUGUUUUGUUCUGUUACAGUUUUGUUCCUAUCAAUAUUGAUUAGUAUUGAAGUUAAUAUACUAUUUUGGACGUUGUUAGUUCUUGUA